AUGACAAGACCACUACCUUUGCUUAUCUUGCUAAACUACUUAUUCUACUUUUGUGAUUGUGGAUCACUAUCAGCGUCACAAACAGUUGAACAAACACUGAUAACAAGCUUGUUAACUUCAUAUAAUAAAAAUAUAAGACCAGAUACUACAGUAUCUAUUGAUAUCACUGCUGCACUACAACAAAUUGUGGCUAUAGAUGAAAAACAACAAACAAUGACAACAAGUUCAUUUAUUUCACAAACUUGGGUGGAUAGUCGAUUAUCAUGGACACCUAGUUCAAACGGUAAUAUUGAUGUAGUUAUGCUCCCAGUUACAAGUUUAUGGAUACCAGAUACAAUGAUACUGAAUUCAGCAGAUUCAAGUGGUUAUCUCACAAUAAGUACUUAUAGUUUGGCAUCUGUUGAAAGCACCGGCCAAGUAUAUAUGAUAUUACCCGCAUUAACGGUAAAAACAAGAUGUAAUUUUAAUGUUCAAUAUUUUCCAUUCGAUAAACAAGUAUGCAGCAUCAGUUUAACAUCAUGGAGUCAAGGAUCCAGUAGGCUAGUAUAUACAGAAAAUAGUACUGCAGUAAUUGAUAUUAGUGGAUAUACUGAACAUCCUUUGUGGAAAUUGAAUGGAACAGAUAUGGUUGUAAUUCGAUCAGCAGAUAGGACACCAUUUGAAGAUACUUAUAAUGACGUAAUAACAAUACAAUUGUAUUUACAAAGAAAACCAUUAUAUUUUAUUAUGAAUGGUAUAUUUGCAUGUUGGAUAUUAAAUUGUGUUACUUUGUUAUCAUAUACAUUACCCUUUGGAUCGCAAAUUGGUUUAUGCAUGACAUGUUUUAUGACCUAUUCUGUUUAUUCAUUGAAUUUUUCCAAUCUAUUUCCACAACAAUCUCAAUAUUUAAUGAUGAUUACAUUAUACUUUUUAUUAUCAAUAUGUUGGACAUUAAUAUCAAUGAUAUGGUUUGUCAUAUGUAAUCACUUUAUAUCAAAAGCUGAAAUGCCAAAAUUCCUAUAUAUUUUUGCUGGACUAUUGCAAAAAAAAGUUUUUCUUUUUUGCUUUCCACCGCCCAAAGAUGACAAGAAAAAAGAUGUUAUUGUUAAUAAUGAUGAACUUAAAAAAUCUGAAGAUAAAGAAAGUAUACAAGCAACAAUCAUUCAAGAAAAAAAAUGUGCUUCUUGCCAGAAACUAUUACCUUCUUAUUUUCGAUGGAAUACUAAAGUUAUAACUAUUGAAAAAAAAGAACAGCCUUCUCUCGUUAAAGAUGAUACACUUACGAAAAUAAAUAACCAUUACUUCACGCUAGUUGACAAACCAGAACUUGUAACUAUGGACAAAACAAACGAGAAACUAAAGCCAAAAUGCGACUUUUGCGACAGAUGUGAGACAUGCCAAGCUGAUUUCGAUAAAGAUAAGGCAAAAGGCAAAAAUAAAAAAGACAUUGAAGGUAGAUGCAGCGCCUUAAAUUAUUUUGUCUUUCUUAUUAUAUUAUUGUUUAUCGUUGUUGCUGAAUUAUCAGUAUGGGUCUUAAUGGCAAAUAAUUAA